UGGAGCGGGCGGCGCGGGCGGCGUAGCCCAGCGCGCACGGGGGGGCCGCGGGCAGCGCCGCGCCCGCCGCCGCCGCGGGGCGAGGGCUCCCCGGCCGCCCCCGCCCGGCCAGCCCGCUCCCUGGUACCGGGGGCUGCUGGGGUUGUGUCCAAGGCCUCCCCCUCCCCCGCGUACACACUCACACACACAGACACACGCACACACACUCACACUCACACACACACACACACACACACACACACACCCCAUCUCCUCCUGCCGCCGCCGCCGCCGCCGGAGAGAUCGGGGAUCGCCCGCGGCCCGGCCCCGCUCCCGGCUGCGCCCCGUGCCCGGGCGCAUCGCACCCCGCGGGGGCUCGCCCGGCUGCCCCCGGGGCGGCGUGCGGGAGGGCGGGGGGACACACGGCGGCUCCCGCGGCGGCUCCCGAUGGCUCGUCCGCGGCCCCGAGAAUACAAGGCUGGAGACCUGGUGUUCGCCAAAAUGAAGGGGUACCCGCACUGGCCGGCCCGGAUUGAUGAACUUCCUGAAGGAGCCGUCAAGCCUCCAGCAAACAAAUACCCCAUCUUCUUUUUUGGGACUCAUGAAACUGCGUUCCUGGGGCCCAAAGACCUUUUCCCAUAUAAAGAAUAUAAAGAUAAGUUUGGGAAAUCGAACAAGCGAAAAGGAUUUAAUGAAGGCCUGUGGGAAAUAGAAAACAACCCUGGAGUAAAGUUUACUGGAUAUCAGGCAAUUCAGCAACAGAGCUCAUCAGAAACUGAAGGAGAAGGAGGAAAUACAGCAGAUGCCAGCAGUGAGGAGGAAGGUGAUCGGGUAGAAGAGGAUGGAAAAGGAAAAAGAAAGAAUGAAAAAGCCGGCUCAAAACGAAAAAAAUCCUAUACUUCAAAGAAAUCCUCCAAGCAGUCACGGAAAUCUCCUGGAGAUGAAGAUGAUAAGGACUGCAAAGAGGAAGAAAAUAAGAGCAGCUCUGAUGCUGGGGACGCAGGCAAUGACACAAGAAACACUUCUUCAGACUUGCAGAAAACCAGUGAAGGGACUUAACCAACAUAAUGACUGCUGAAUAUUAAGGGAAAACACAAGAAGGUUACAUGUUUGGUUGUCUAAUAUUCUUGGAUUUGAUAUGAGUCACCACAUCUGUUCAUUAGUACCAUCAACAGCAUCCCAGUUUGUAUGCACAUUAUUCACAUUCCUAUCUGUUGUGUUUGCAGAAAUGACAUUUUUACCCUUUUUUCUAAGGGUUACUUUUUGAUUUUCAUAUUAUUUGGUUGCAUGAAGUUGCCCUUUUCCAGUGGCUGAGGUUUAUGAAGAUAUCGCAUACUUGAACAUGUUUUAGAUUCCUUUUCGAGACAGAAAAGGUAUAACUCCAAAUUAUAUCAUUCUAAAUCAGCAUUUUUUAAACACAACUAAAUCUUAGAAAUGAGUCCCCUCCAUAUAAUGCUACAAUAAUCUUCCACAUACAAACAUAAUUUUAAAUUUUCCUAGAUCCAUUCUUUCUUGGGUUUUGAUCAAUUUAUAACAUAAAAGAAAAAUUCUUCUUCAGUUGAAAUCACCACCAAGUUCAAUAAUGUAAUAAAAUAUCUUUCCUUAUUAGAAGUACCUAGCUAGUUAUACUCUUAAUACUUCUCCAAACCAUGAUGUAAUGUACACUAUCUGACUUAGUUCCUAUAUGUGGAGUUAGUGAAAGUCUUUUGUGUUUCUUUAGAUUAAUACAAGGAUUUUUCCAAUGCCAACACAAUUUGAAAUCAUUCAUUUGGAUGCUUUCCAUUUUUAAGCUUACUGUGAUAUACAGCCCUAUGGGAAACCAAAACAAAACAUCAAUUUUAAAUAAUGAAAGGCUUAAAAAAGGAUGCUGUCAUUCUGGCUUUUUUUUUCCUUUUGGAAAUAGAACUAGACUAGUAAGUAAGCAUUCCAAAUCCAUUACUCUGUGUACAUUAUUGUUGCUAUUGUGAUAAUAGAGAUUUUUAUUUAUUUUUAUGCCAGCUUUUAUUGUGAAAACAUAUUUAGUCUGGUUUUAUCAAUCCUUGUUAUGCUUGUCCUUGGAACAUCUUUUGCGUAUUCAAGGUUUGUAGUUGAUGAGUUUACUGUAAAAAACUAAAAAAAAACCACAAGGAAAAAAAACCAAAAAAAGACCAAAAGAAAACAAAAAGGAAACAAAAAAAAUGUAUUGUUUUUACAGAAUAAAUUUAUUGGAAUGUGUAUUGGGAGUAAGGUUUGAGGUUGUAAGCAACUAAGUUAGCGUCAUAUUUGGCUUCAUACGUGUAAUAAUGUGAGGUAUUAAUGUAAGUCAAGUAUUAAAGCAAAACAUUCUGUUAACAUGAGUUGACCAUAAUAGAUACAAGUGCAGGUGAGAUCUUUAUUUUUUCUGUACUUUGCCUUUUCUGGAUAACAGGAGGUCAUUAAAUUCACCUUGAAUGUAUUCAAAGUUUCUUUCAAGACAUCAGAAGUAACACCAGAGGCUCAGAUACCUGUUUGUGAGCCAGCACGUCCUGUGGGAGCCCGGCAGCUCAGCUGGGUUUGUUUCCCUGGGAAGAAAGAGGCCCUGGGAUGGAGCAAUCCCAAAGCCUAAGGAGCUGCAGCAGGGAUGCUGGGUGCCAACAAGCACUGCCUGAGGUGUGCUGUGGUUGUUUUGGAGCUGCCCCUUUGGCUGCAGGUGUAAAACCUGGGGCCUCUCCUCUGCGUGCUGCUGGGAGCUGCACGGCAGUGUUCAGCAGCAGAGUUACAGCCUGCAUUUCUCAGUGCCCUGGAGGUCCCUUCGUGCAGGGUGCAGCACACAGGCAUGUCAGCUGCUUCCUUGUUACUGAUUAGACUUAAAAGUAAAAUUCUUUCAAUCCAAACACCAAGAAGUCAACACACCCAAAUAAAGUGUUUCCAGUUAAAACGUAUCAGCUAGUUUCAUCUGUGAGAAAGGCACUAGGUGUACUGCUUUUAAUAUAAAUACACAUAGAAGGCAUAGAAAUAGCUGUAAUUGCAAAUAGAAACAUAAGCUGCCCAAACCAAGGUCGCUGUGUUUGCUGCUGCUUGUUUCUGAGCCAGCAGCAUUAGCAAAAGUAGCUGCAGAGACACAGCCAAAACCCCUCCUCUGGAAACGCACGAGCGGCCUGAGCCCAGUGGCUCACGGUCCUGAGCCCUCUGUGCCCAGCCACGAGUGCUGCUGAGCACCUGCUGGGCUUCAAGCAGGGGAGCAGUCCUUGCAGAAGUGAUUCCUGAAGAGAAUUAACAAAACUAUAUGAUUUGCUUAUCAUAUAUGGAGUCUUACUAUAAGAGUUGAUUGCUUCUUAAAAGAUUUCUUGGGAUUUUUAACAAGGUCGACCCACAAGACAUACUUUUUGACAAAUAAAACAUGUGCAUGUGACAGA